GCACUGAAUUUUGGGAGCUAGCUCCGAGGUCCGACGGGGGGAAUGGCGGGGUCUUCCAGACAGAGGGACUCGUUCGUGUUGAAAUACCUGCUGACCAUCUCCGCCGCAACUGUCUCCGAGUCAGUGACGUUUCCACUGGACAUUGUCAAGACGAGGCUCCAGGUGAGUCGACAGUUGAGUGGAUUACCUCGUGUCGGUCUAGUCGGGACUGCUGCCUCCCUGGUGAGGAAGGAAGGAUUUCUGCGGCUGUGGGCGGGGCUACGUCCAGCUGUCCUCAGACAUUGGGUUUACUCAGGCUGCAGAAUGUCAUUCUAUGAGCUGAUAAGAGACCAUGUGUUCAAGAGAGAUAGCAGAGGAAGAUACCCUCUCUGGUAGGACCUUUAUCUCUUCUCCUUCUUCCUCUGUAUUGUCCUUCUCCCUUCCUUCUUUCCAUGACGAGUCUCAUAAUGUGUGGGUAUAAAAGGUUUCUGCAAGCGACAGGCACGAUUCGGCAACAUUUUCGACAGGAAGGCUGUGCCGACAGGUAUGAUAGCUGGGGCUGGAGGACAGUUCAUUGCCAGUCCCAUGGACAGAGUCAAGAUUAUCCUACAAAUAGAGGGAGCCUCCUCCUCUACCUCCUCUCUCCCUCGGACCAGAGGAACAUGGAGAACUCUGAGAGAUAUAGUGAGGAGAGAAGGAGGGAGAGGUCUGUGGAAGGGAUGGGUUCCCAACUGCCAGAGAGCUGCUCUCGUCUGCCUCGGAGAUCUGACUACAUAUGAUACGGUAAAGCAGUGGAUAUUGCGAAACACCAGUCUCAGAGAUACUGCAGUCACUCAUGCUUUAUCCAGUUUUUCCUCUGGUCUGGUGUCUGCUACUCUCGGUACACCAGCCGACGUUGUAAAGUCCAGAAUGAUGAGUCAGCAGUAUCACCAUGGAAACAGAGGAUCCCUCUAUUCUUCAUCUCUGGACUGUCUCACCUCAACUGUGAGGCAAGAAGGGUUCUGGGCUCUGUACAAAGGUUUCGUCCCCGUCUGGACUAGAAUGGCGCCAUGGUCUCUGACAUUCUGGCUGGUCUACGAGGAGAUUAGAGUUUUAGCUGGCAUUGGAAACUUCUGACACCAGACUAUCUCUCUCUCUUGUCUCUCUUCUCUCCUUCUCCUUUCCUCGAUUAUCAUCUCUCUCCUCGCCUCAAUAAUCAUCUCUAUUGCACAGCAAGCCUACCUGUAGUCGUGUGAGCGUGAUUUUCUAAUUACGAUAUUGUGACCUGCACUUCGCAUACCGUAAUGUCUUAACGUGAUUCUAAAAAAAU